AUGAGAAGAAACUUAUCAACAGACGACUCAGCCUCUGACCAUAGUGUUGGAGACUAUAUCAAACUUACAUUGAUUGGUCUUAAGAUUUUGUUCUUGUUUUACAAAAUGGUGAAAACUAUGAUGAGUAAUACUAAAGCCAAGCAUAAAUUUAUGAUUGUCAUCAAUGUUAUGGCAGUACUCUACAUUGUUGAAUUGAUGAUGUUUAAUAUGCUAAUGAGAACAGACCACAUCUCUAAUGAUGAGAAUGCCCUCAAGAGACUAUUGCCAUUCAACAUAGUCUAUACUUUAUCCUUCAUAGUUUUACUUGUAAUAAUGUUCAUUCCUUAAGUUGGUGCCUAUUGCUCCGUGAUAUAAGUUUAUCACUAUUUUUCAAUCCAAAUUACUACUUCGUUGAGGGAACUAAUGAUAUCAGAGCGGAUGCAUGUUUUAGGUAAAAUAUUGGAAUUAAAGAUUUCUAGGAAAUAAACCAAGUGCUUUACAUAUUUCAAUCUGGGCACUGCGAUUUCCUAAUUUAUCAUUGGACUAGUGGGAGUAUUUAAACUUGAGCAAUCAGGAGGGGUGGUGGCUUGUGAUGAAGAUAAUAACGUUUGGCUACAAAUUAAUACUGGUGGAAAUGUGUUUAUUACUUUGCAUAUCAUCUUGAUCAUCAUGCAAUGUUCAAUGUUUUUCCUUACAUUCCAAAAGGCACCACAAGAUGCAGGUCUAUUUGGAGGAAAUUAAAAGCUAACUGAAAAAAGAAAGCUAAAUGAUUAAAGCUAAAAACCACACAAGUUGUCGAUAAAUGUAAGAUAAAAAUUUGAAGAUUAAAUUAAAUGUAAGUUAGAUCGAUCAAGAAACACCCCUGACAGCAAUGUGACUUAGCAAACAAUUAAUGAUAUCUGA